GCUGCGCAGCUGCAGAAGGAAUGUAGCUCGCUAGCCUCUCAUGCUAGCAGCAGCAUCGCAGUAAAGUUUGACAAACACAUCAUGAGCGGCUCGAACCCGCCGCCAGCGCUGCUCUGACGACACAUGCGGUUGACGGAGAGGAAGCGCUGUGAACACAACUGCUGAUAGGAAUCCUUAUGUUGGUCCUGUCUAUUCCUGUAGCAUCAGCUCAACUGCUUAGCGUUCAGCGAUGAACAUUGAUGACAAGCUGGAGGGGUUGCUUAUGAAAUGUAGCCCUGUGGGGCUUCACCACUCAUCCAGAGGUCUGGGACCCUCCAGGGUCGAUGGAAGAGGAAGAAGAGGCAGUUUGGAUAUGACACUUGGGGAACGGAGCUUGGCUAAUCAUCCCCUUUUGGCAGAGGAUGAUGAUGAUGAUGACGAUGAUGAUGAUGACGAAGACAUGGCAGGUGGAGGCCUGACCUCCCAUGAUCUGAUAUCCCAGGAUGACCUGAUGGUUCAUGAAGAGACUGUAAAAAAUGACGGACAGUGUGACGCAGCUUUCUCCCAGCGAAUCUCCCAUAAAUUACACUAUACACUCAAUAUGCCAGUAAAUAUAAAACAGGAGAUGAAAGUGCCAGACUCACUGAUUCUGAAUAAAAAGGAGAAGAAACCAGGGAGGGACCCUUCUGACUGUCACAAAAAGAAGAAGAGAAAGCAGCGCUCGCCUGCAAAGAUUCUCACUAUUAAUGAAGAUGGCUCCCUUGGGCACCAGAACCCAAAAUCUCAUGUCUGUGAGCACUGCAAUGCUGCUUUUCGGACAAACUACCAUUUACAAAGACACGUCUUCAUUCACACAGGUGAAAAGCCUUUUCAGUGCAAUCAGUGUGACAUGCGCUUUAUUCAGAAGUACCUGCUUCAGAGACAUGAGAAGAUCCACACAGGGGAAAAACCUUUUCGCUGUGAUGAGUGUGGAAUGAAGUUUAUUCAGAAAUACCAUAUGGAGAGACAUAAGAGGACCCACAGCGGGGAAAAGCCUUACCAGUGCGACUAUUGUCAUCAGUUUUUCUCCAGAACUGACAGAGUACUAAAGCACAGACGGAUGUGCCAUGAAAAUAAGGACAGGAAGGUGCAGAAAGCAGCUGCCAAAGAUGGCCCUCUUCGUACCUCAGAGAGCUUGGGCUUCUCUUUUCCUGCCAAGGAAUGCACGCUUCCCAAGAAGAAACGUCAGAAGACCUCUGAUAAAAGUCGGGUUGCCCUUACAAGUCCAAAUGUUGACAAAGUGGUCGAAGCUAAUAGCGAGGAGAAGACAGAAGAAGACCAACUGGCCAAAAGUGAGUGUCUUCCUCUUUACACUGUAGACACCAAGGUCAAGGACGAGUAUGUUGUGACAGAUUAUUCCGUUGAGCUCCCUGAUUCCCCGCCUGGCAACAGGCAUCUUGCAGAGGUGGAAUCUAAUGAUGAAAUCAUCAGUCCUCCAAAACUAGUACUGAAGAAAAUCGCUAGCAGAAGAGGUUUGAAACCGCAAGCCCUAGAACAGCCCCAGAGCCUCUCACCGUUGGCCUCAUUCGAAGAGAGCAAAGUAACGAGAUACACAUUUGAAAUUGUUGACAACAAAGGCCUCUUGGAUGUUGAGACCAAUCCUGACAUGGAGUCAGUUCACGCCCUACAGGAAGGACAAACAAAACCAACUGGGAGCAGCACAAAUUACGACGAUGCCAUGCAAUUUCUCAAGAAGAAGCGAUACCUUCAAGCGGCAAACACUAGUCGAGACUAUGCGCUCAAUGUGAGCAGCAUCGUGUCGCAACCUUCUGUCACUCAGGCAGCUGUAGCGAGCGUCAUCGAUGAGACCGUUCCUGCAACAAUCCUUUCUGAGACUCAGACGCUGAACGUGGAGAUCAAGUCCAGUAACGAGAAAAACGUCCUUCCAGACGAGGUCCUGCAGACUCUUCUUGAUCACUAUUCCAAUAAGGCCAACGGGCAAGCAGAGAUUUCCUUCAGUGUGGCAGACACCGAGGUCACAUCCAGUAUCUCUAUCAACUCUUCCGAUGAGAGCAGUCCUACCGAAACUUUGGGAACCAGCUCGCAAGCACCCCCGGCCGAGAAGGCCAGCCUUCUACAGGAGUACUCCAAGUUUCUCCAGCAAGCAUUGGAAAGGACCAGUCAGAAUGACACCUACCUGAACAACCAGAGUCUUACGUUUGUAAAUGACAGCGCCAGUCUCGCUGGCCAGCCUUUGUUUUCUACGGAGAAGCAGUUCACAUCCCCAUCCCGGUUCAGACCGAGCAUGAACUCACCAUUGAGAUCCACCUUGGAGAAGCCUAACUUUAGCCUUUUAGUAGAUUCCCAGCACUCCUUCUCCUUUUCAGGUGAUGAGACAAACCCUUCUUCAGUUUCGCCAACAGAGGAUUUCGACCAAGUGACCUCUCCCAAAAAAUCAGAUGCGCAAAGCAUUAGUCAAACAUUUCAGAUUGCUACCUUUGACCAGAACUUUCGAUCUCAAUUCCCAAGCUCACGAUCUGGAAUAUCCUCACAGUUUAGCAUUGCCAGUGGACAAGUUAGUCUGAGAGGUCAUGGAGGAACGGACUUCCCAGAGUUCUCUCUUGUUAGUGAAACAAGAACUCAACUAACUUCAUCUCCAGAUGCUACAAGCAGCCAAACCUUUGGCUAAACAGGAGCUUUUAACAAAUGAAAGCAUUUUAAAGGCACUUUAUAGUUCUGUCAGUGAAGGCAGUGUGAUCUCUGUGCAAAUACUUAUGAUUUUCCAUCUUCAAACAAUCACGCAUGUGCGAGAAUCAAAUGGAGCAGAGUGAUGCACGCAUUAGACUUUAUUAUCAGACUAUGGGUUACUCUUUGCGUCAUUGCAUUAUUUGUGUGUUACACAUGUAGUGCUUGGGACAAACAUACAGUGGCUUGCAAAAUUAGCUAGCUUGUGUGUUCUAAAAUUAAGAAUUCAAGCUAUUACAACAAUGCUGUUGUAGUAGUCUAAAUUAUUGGGUCAACGUAGCUUUCCCCCAGAGAAAACUAUACGAAGAUCAAUUCUGAUUUAUAUUCUUGUUAGCAUUCAGUUAUUUUGCUGGAACAUCAGGCUGGACUCACCUAAUAAUGUAGAAACUACUCUAGCCUAGCAUUACAAUCAGUUUUUGUAUUUAAUUAGUUUUGUAACUUGUUGUCUGGAGAGGUACUGAAAGGACCUUACUUUAGUGCCCUAGACUUGAGUAAGGCACUUUGUGAUUGAUAUACUGCAAGUCACUUUUGUUUAUAAAAAAAAAAAAAAAAGGUAACAUUUCUCACCUUUGUCAUUGUAAGCUAAUUUGUGUAUUUAAUCUUCUUUGUGCAUUUAAUUACUUGUUAGAAUGUUUAUAUAUAUAUAUAUAUAUAUAUA